AGAGAGAGAGAGAGAGGGUCUCCAGUGGUAAUGGAAAGUCUCAUCAGCGGCAUUGCAUCAGGAGUUGGUUCAGUUAUUUCAAAAAUAUUUGGGUCUCCCCUUGAUUUCCUUUCGGGAAAAUCUUGCAGCUCAGUAUGUGCCCCAACAUGGGAUUUCAUUUGUUAUAUCGAAAACUUCUGCGUUUCCCAGUUAUUCAAGUUUGCCAUGGUUGCCCUUCUACUCUACUGUGUUCUCUUCUUCUUUUAUUUGCUAUAUCAAUUGGGCAUUUGUAAGUGCAUAUGUUGGACUUCCUGCAAGAUAGUUUGGGGAUGCAUUUCGGUAUAUGUCUCAGUGUGGGAGUAUUGUUGCUACUUUCUGUUUGAUAAGCUUCGUCAUGUUAAGCGGAUAAGUCGUAGAAGACGCAGAAGAGAUGUUGAAGGGCAAUACUACGCAAGUUCAAGUGAUGAAGUUGAAGAAGAGAGUAGUAGCAGCACUUGUAAUGAUGAAGUCUCCAGGAUUGAAAAGAAAAGGAGGCAUAGGAGAGAUUACAAGAGGGAUCAUGUGACAAGAUCACUGAGACCACGGAGCCAUCGAGUUCGGGUAGGAGUAAAUGAAAAUUCAGGUUACAUUACUAGAAACAACUCAAGUAAGCAUUGGGAUGAUCACGAUAGCAGUGUUCAUAGUAUUCGAGUGGCACAAACUUCAAAGUUUGCACGAAAAGGAAGCAGUUUUAAAGGUUCCAAGCACAGGAAAAGGCGAUAACAUGAUAUCAGGGAGCUCAUAGAAGAAUUUGUUGUUGUUGGGAUUGCCUCAGAAUUUUAAUUAUGGUGUUAAUCACAACAUGCUCCAAAUUGACAUGGCGAGUAGGCCCAGCAUUUCUUCAGGCAGGGAAAGAAGGAUCAAAGUGGCAGUUUUAUCUGAUUAUUGAAGCUUCUGAUGUCAGAGACUCUGAGCCAUCAUAUAAUCUGCUCACAACAGUGUUUUCCUAAGAGGACCUUCAUUUCGCCCAAUUUUAGUGAAGGGGUUUCACUACGAUUUAACACUUAAGAAAUGAUGACGCUGACUCAUAUAAACGAUGAUUAUAGAAGGGCAAAACCAGUCAUACAUUUAAGUUUUUGGAUAACUUCAAGAGUACCCUUGUGAGAGUAAGCAGCAGUCAAAGAAAGUUGCAAGCAAAAAGAAUAUGGUAGCAGUGUGCUUGGACUCGAAGACAGCCAAAAGAUGAGUCUCCAGAAAACACUCCGAAAACAAGGUCACCUGGUCAAAGAUUAACAAGUUAAGAACAUUCGUCGCAUUUAUUUUUGCCAAGAAAAACUAAUAGCAUAUGUGGAGGCAAAAAUAGCUUUGUUCUAUGUUCUUAUGUUUUGUAAGACUAGCAGAAGAUAUUACCAGUUUACUUUUUGUAGACAUCAGUUUUUUCCCUCUGCAGCUGUUGCUCUGUUCUUCUUAAGCUAACAAGUAGUUCUGGACUGCUACCCCUUCUGCCAGUAGUGCUUGGUGCUGGAAAAAGAUUCUAUCCCUGAGACCUUUGGCAAAGCUAAUGAUUUUUUACAAGCCUGGCAGAAGCUGUUCCUUCUCUCUGUGGCAUGACCCUUGGUGCAAUAGAGCACCCCUUGCUGCUCAAUUUGAUUAUAGUCUACUGUCUGCACUUGAGGCCACAGCUUCUGAUGAGGUGAAUUAUAUACAGGAGAAUGGACAGUGGAACCUUGGAGUUAGUACUCACUACCUGGUAAGAGAUCUAAGGAACCUUUGCAGUGCCAUUACCCCUACUGGUACUGAUACUAUUCUUUGGAAUGAUUGCUUUCAUUCAAGAGUAUCAAUUUCUGUGAUCUAUAAUGAUAUUGCUACUCAUAAAUCUCCCCCUCCUUGGCUGGAAUUUGUUUGGAACAUUUUUUCUGUCCCCAGAUAUGCAAUAUCUGCUUGGCUCAUUCUUCAACAGAGACUUCUUACUAAAGACAGAAUUCUUCGUUUUGGCAUGAUUGUUGACCCAACUUGUGUCUUGUGUGCUAGUGACUGUGAAUCUCAUUCUCAUAUUUUUUCUAACUGCCCAUAUACACACACUGUUCUAUCUGCUUGUCCUGUCCCGGUUUGUACUAGCUGGAAUGAUUUCACUACUGGCAGUUACAUUCGCAUUGGCUGUCCGAGAAUUACAAGAUUCAUUGCUGCUGCUUGGAAUGCUAUCUGGACUGAGAGAAACAAUCGAAUUUACAGGAAUGUUAGGCGCAACCCUGCUGAACUAAUUUCACUUGUUCGAGCUCAAGUUAGGGAAAAACUGUACUCCUGUCCUCAUUUCCGUAAAAGAGUCCAGGCUGAUCAAACCAUUAUGCUUCUGCUGUAUUGAGACAUAGUGAUUUUUGUUUUCUUGGUGACUUCAUGGCAAGUUGAACUCUAGUUUAUAUUGUAUGCUUCCUUAACACGGGGAAUGCCCCUGAUAUGUAUUUUUUCCUCUUCUUUUAUAAACUUUUCAAGUAGCAAAAAAAAAAAAAAAUAGUUAUACCGUUAUUGACGAA